CUUGAAGAGAAUGGGACAUGCGAUUAUGUCUAACUGUAGAAGCCAUGAAGAUUUUACGCCUAUUCACUUGGAUUUUUUUUUGCUCCAUAUGUUUUUAGGUUCAACUAGUUCGUAUACAAUUGAGAGUACCGGAAUAUGGUUGGACCACGCAGAAAGUCUUUCACUUUCUCAAUUUUUGGUGAACGGGGUUCGAUGUUUUGUAUUUAUAUUCCGCCGGGACGUGCAGAAGUUGAAGCCAGAGAUUGUCCAACAUAUCAUACUUGAUAUGCCAAGUCUUGCUUUCUUCACAACGUAUGCACUCUUGGUCCUAUUCUGGGCAGAGAUAUACUACCAGGCACGUGCUGUGUCUACUGACAGACUGAGGCCAAGCUUCUAUGUAAUCAAUGCUGUAGUAUAUGCCGUUCAGAUCGCUUUGUGGCUGAUAUUAUGGUGGAAGCCCGUCAAUUUAUUGGUUGUCCUGUCGAAGAUGUUCUUUGCAGGGGUCUCUUUGUUUGCUGCUCUUGGGUUUCUUCUCUAUGGUGGAAGGUAUCUGUUAAUUUCAGUUUGCAAUUGUGAUGUAAUUAAGUUUCCAUAUUUUAUUCCAAUUACAGAGUUAAUCCUUAAUUUAGGAACUGUGAAUUGUAAGAAGGAAACAUUGUAUGACAGCCCAUGUUGGUUUCUCAAAUCGUUUCUGCCUUUGGACUCAUGA